ACCUGAGAACAGAAUUCCACAAGCAUCCCAAAACGGGGACCGGGAAAAGUCCCGGGAAGGGCUGCGGGAGGAGGGGCCGGUGACUGUAGCCGGAAGUGCCCAUGACCGAACUGGCGUCCUCCGGGGACAGGUCCCCUGCGGGGGACGGGGAGGAGGGCCUGGGGGACGAUCGAGGCCUGGUCAUCCACCACCCCGCGGAGGAGCAGCCGCUCCGCUGCCCCCUGUGCGGCCAGACCUUCUCGCAGCAGCCCAGCCUGGUGCGGCACCAGAAGGCGCAUGCCGGGGUGGGCCGCGCGGCUGCCUUCGUGUGCCCCGAGUGCGGCAAGGCCUUCAGCGUCAAGCACAACCUCGAGGUGCAUCAGCGCACCCACACGGGCGAGCGGCCCUUCCCCUGCCCCGAGUGCGGGCGCUGCUUCAGCCUCAAGCAGAACCUGCUCACGCACCAGCGUAUCCACAGCGGCGAGAAGCCGCACCAAUGCGCGCAGUGCGGCCGCUGCUUCCGCGAGCCGCGCUUCCUGCUCAACCACCAGCGCACCCACGCGCGCAUGCCCGCGCCGCACCCGCGCCGCCCCGGCGUCUUCGGGGAGCGGAGGCCCUACUUCUGCGCCCGCUGCGGCAAGAGCUUCGCGCGCGAAGGCUCGCUCAAGACCCACCAGCGCAGCCACGGCCACGGGCCCGAGGGCCAGGCGGCCCAUUUAGGCCGCGUGCUCUGAUGCGCGCUGGACCUGCUGCCUCCGUCUGUUUUCUGCCCCAGAGCCGCAUCCGUGACCUCUGGAGAUGGCGCUGGCCUUCGGCCCCCUCUCUGGCUGGGAUCCCGGCCAGACUGGGAGGGCUGGCUUGGGGUCUCAAAGGAGUGGGCCGCCUCCUUCCGCUCCUUCCCCAGGACCCUCUGGCUGGCUGCCCACGGCUGCUUUGGGCCCCUGCGUUGGUUUUCCUCCGCAGGCGCACCCGGCUUAGAGCAGAUGUGGAGUGUACAGCGCCUCUGGGCUGUGUGCAAGGCACAUCUGACACAGUGACUAGGACUGGGGCCCUGGGCCUGUGCCCCGGCAUGAGGACACGUCCCCUAAGAAGACGUACCUCGGGAGGUGACAGCAGAGGGACCGAUGGAGCCUGGAAUUGGAGGCAGGUUCUGCACCCUGGUGGAAAAACUCCCCGGACCUGCUGGGAGUCACAGCCGAAGAAGAGCUCGUGCUGGCCGCCUGGCUGUAAACCUCCACUCUCCCGUGGCAGCGGGGACGGUGCCCGUGUGGGGAGCCUGCUUCUCUGCUCCCGCCUGGCCCACCAGAGACGGGAGGUGAAUUGCCUACGAGAACACAGCAAGUUGGUAGCAGACUCGGCUCCAGAGGCAAGACCUUCCCUCAGGUGUGCACGUACCUGCAGGCUUCACUCUCCUUUCAGAGCAACGUUCUUCACGCUUUUGGGGUCGUGAAGCCCUCUGACAAGAUGGCAAGGGUUAUGAACCUUCUCCCCAGGAAGACACAGAUAGUCACGUAGAUGCAAGAAUCUACGAGCGAUCCCGGGAGCUCCGGGACUCCAGGCUGAGAUCCUUGGCCCCGGGACUAACCCGCCACUCCCUCCUUACCUGACACAGAGCCCCGGGUCAGGGCCUACAUUCGAGUAGCAUUUCAUCCGCUGCCCUCCCCAACCCCUGCCCUUCCUUCCCUUGUUCAGGAAUAAAGAAUUCUGAGGA